AUGUACAAAUAUCUGUUCUGCCUGGCUCUCAUCGGCUGCGCCUGCGCCGACAAUAUCAACAAGGAUGCCCAGAUCCGUAGCUUCCAGAACGACGCCACCGAUGCCGAGGGCAACUAUCAGUUCGCCUACGAGACCAGCAAUGGCAUCCAGGUCCAGGAGGCGGGCAAUCCCAGCGGAGCUCGCGGCGCCGUGGCCUAUGUGUCGCCCGAGGGAGAGCACAUCUCGCUGACCUACACCGCCGACGAGGAGGGCUACCAUCCGGUGGGCGACCAUCUGCCCACCCCGCCCCCUGUUCCGGCCUACAUCCUGCGCGCCCUGGAAUACAUCCGCACCCAUCCCCCGGCGCCCGCCCAGAAGGAUCAGCAGUAA